GGCUUGACUCAUGCGAAUGCUUAAAUUGAAUCAGCUGAUUUUUACAUCCGGUUCAAUGUUCGAGAUUUCUUUUCCGGUUCAUCCAGACCAACGUUCCAGUGUUUGGAAGUCUGAUUGUAAAGAUGGUAGAUGAAGCUGGUGACAGGGAUGAUUCCUCAAAUGUUGCCAUCAUCAAAGAGGUAUACGAUAAUGAAAAUGCACAUGAGACAUUUGAAUAUGAACUAGAAAGAGCAUUAGAAUCUGAAUGCAGUUUAAUUGUUAUUGAGCCAUCUAAAUUAGGUGAUGAAACCUCCAGGUGGAUAGCAGUAGGAAAUUGUCUUCAUAAGACUGCAGCAUUGUCUGGUCUUGCUGCCAUAACUACAGGUUUGAUUUGGGGUGACCAGCCCUAUAUUUGUGGUCCAUUAGGUUUUAUAUCUGUAAUAUCCUGUGGACUUUAUACUGUUUCUUGGCAGUUUGACCCCUGCUGCCAAUAUCAAGUAGAGACUGACACAAGCAAAUUGCCGCAUGUAGAAUUGUUAGCAGUUCUAGGACCAUCGUCUCCAACAUUUCUCGUAAGAAAAGAUGAUACAAGAAGAAGAAUUCUUCACACGACUAUUACAUUGGUAGCUCUCAGCAUCAGUGCUUGGAGAGUUUAUCAGGCAUUUAAAUGAAAUGUUCUUCUACCAAGAAAGAAAAAAAUCUGAGUUUUAAAAAAGAGUAAGGUAGGCCAUACGAUAUAUUGUAAAAGAUCGUAAUAAGGCCUAGCAUAGAAAUCUGUGAAUUACAAUUUCAUGUAAAUUAGUGGGGAUUGUUGAGUCACGCAAAUCUAUUUUUGUUUGAUGUUUAUAUUUCUUUUAUGUUUUGACACUACCUCACAGGUGGAUGCUGAUUUUACAAUAAAAGGGAAAAUAUCUAAUAAAACAGACUAAAAAAAAGCCUGUUCUAAAACCACUUUGAAUCUAAAACAUGAUACUUCUUAAGGCUCCACAUUGUUACUCUAUGAUCUUCAUCUUGUUGAUUAUAUCACAGUUAAUAUUAACACAAGAAAGACACAAUCAUAUUCAUGCAAUCACUUAUGUGAUAUAACUACUAAUAUAAGUGUUCUUAGAUUUAUGCAAAAUUGCAAACGUACACCUGAAAGGUUGGACUUGAACUAUAUAUUUUUAGAGUGUAAAUAAAGUAGAUAGAAUACACUGCAUAUGAUGUAUUAAAGAGAA